AUGAUGUUGCUCCAGUUGUGGAAACCUGUUUUAGCUUCUCUGGUGUUUGUGGAAAUCUCAUGGACUGUAGCCAUUGAUCGGGAUCAGCAGCCGAGGCCUGAGGACGUGGAGCUGGCUGAGGGCUACCUGAAGAGGUUUUAUAACCUGAUCCCGAGAAGCAGACAGAGACUCAUCAGGUCCACUUCGACCACAGAGGAGAAGAUCAGACAAAUGCAGAGCUUCUUUGGUCUGAGAGAAACGGGCCACCUGGACCCUCACACCCUGGAUGUGAUGAGGAAGCCGAGGUGUGGUGUCCCAGAUGUAGAAAACUUCACCUUUUACCCCGAAAAGCCUAAAUGGAGGAACAAUACCAUCACAUACAUGAUCGCCAAAUACACACCAGACUUGAGACGAGAGGAGGUAGAAAAGUCCCUUUGUGCUGCUCUGAAGAUGUGGAGUGAUGCAGCAGCACCUCUGAGGUUCAUCAGAGUCCACCAUGGAAAAUCCGAUAUAGUCUUUUCCUUCGCCCGCAGAACUCAUGGGGAUUUCUUUCCCUUUGAUGGGUCCGGGGGUGUGCUGGCUCACGCCUUUCAGUCUGGAGAGGGCAUAGGAGGGGACGUGCACUUUGAUGAAGAUGAAACGUGGACGACAGGCAGGCAAGCACCUGGUUACAGCCUGUUUGCUGUGGCAGCUCAUGAACUCGGUCACUCCCUGGGUUUGACUCACUCCAUGGACCCCUCUGCUGUCAUGUACCCCAACUACAGGUAUCACAGCAGUACGCAGUACGCUCUAUCCAUGGAUGAUGUGCACGCGAUCCAAACACUGUAUUGUUGUUCAUACUAUUAUUUCUCAGGUAAACCCACCAAAGACGUGAAAAGCCAACACAUUCCCACAAAGUGUGACCCCAACUUCUCUUUUGAUGCAGCAACUAUGAUUGGAAAUGAUGUUGUUUUCUUUAAAGACAGGUACAUGUGGAUGAGAACAACAUGGACGACCUACUGGAAUCAGCUGAGAGAGGGCCACAGCAGCACGUAUUUACCCAGCAUUGGUUCUCACGUCGAUGCCGCUUAUGACAUCCCUACCAAAGGCGUGGCGUACGUCUUCACUGUGUUGCAGUUCAUGCAAGAGGCGAACCGAGUUCGGCAGCGCUUGUGCUUAAGACAAAAAGUCGUGCUGGCUCCAUCUAGCGUCAGGCGAGUUGACGCUGCCGUGCACAUCGGCGAGCAGGGGAAAACUGUUUUCUUCACUGGACAGUUUUAUUACAGGAAACCUUUUAAAGGUCAACGUGCUUUGCAAUACAAAUAA